AUGCCGUGGAUUGUCUGUUUCAGAAGUGCGAGCCACUCCGCCCCGGGGCUGACCGGUGUCCUCACGCCUGGCCAGAGCCUCCUGCACGAGGACGAGAACUUCCACACGGGGGACGAGUCUCUCAGCAGGUGCGGGGGCACCCAGCCGCUCAUGACGUCACAGUUCGUCAUCACCUACGCCACGCCCGGCAGCGAGAACAGCUGUAAUGGUACAGCAGUUGCCACCACUGUCGCUUCGAUGUCUACACGUUCUCCCGAGUCUACCAACACAAGCAGCGCCCCCUUGAUUCUUAUAAACGAACUGAACUCCGACGACCCAGGCGCCGACGAAACAGAGUUCAUUGAACUCCGCAGUCUGGAGAACCGCACCGUGGCGCUCGAUGACGUCACCAUCGUUCUCUUCAACGGCGCGUCGGGAAACACCGCCUAUGACGUCAUCCACCUCUCGGGAAUGUCCGUGACCUUUCGUGGGUACUUCGUCAUCGGAUCGGCGAACGUCGUGCCUUCGGCGGACUUCGUGCUUCCCGCCGAGAGGAACCUCCUGCAGAACGGUCCCGAUGCCGUGGCGCUGUACUACGGCAGUCCGUCCGACUAUGCCGUGGGCAUGGCUGUCACCGCCGAUGGGCUCAUGGACGCCAUUGUGUACUCAAAGGAUGCGGGUGACUCUGCCUCUGGUCUGACGGCCGUGCUGACGCCGGGACAGGGCGUGGUUCACGAGGACGAGACCGCGCACGCAGAGGACGAGUCCGUCAGCAGAUGUGGCGGGAACGACGCCUUCGCUUCAUCCCAGUUCUCCGUAGCCCUCCCCACGCCUGGCGGACCGAACAGUUGUAACACUACAGAUGACGGCGCGAGUACGCCAUUUUUUACAACGCAGCCAGUGACAACGGUCGACUUUGACCAACAUACAGAUACCAGUACUACCAUCCCUGGAUUGACUGAACAAACAACCGAAGCCUUCAUGAAUAUCAGCAGCUCUACUACCCACAUUUUAAUCUCGGCUACACCGACCAUCCUUGCUACGGACCCAGUCACAACGCCAGACUACAACCAACAUACAACUAACCCUGAAUCAUCUAGUACAUAUGGUACUCAGGCAGUGACAACACCCGACUUCAACCAAUAUACAGCCAUCUCUGAGCCUGGGCAAACAUCGCUUGAUCCAUCAGACACCUCUACAACCCACAUAUCACACUCAUCUAUGCCAAACGCUGUUCACACUACACACGCUGUGACAACGCCAGACUUGAACCAACGUACAACCAGCCCUGACUUGCAGCCAACGACCCUGCAAUUCACAACCCAUUCGGUAGAUGUCGCCACCACUGACUCACACGUAACGACCCAGCCUCACACAUCCUCCACACCAACCACCCCUCCCACCGACGGAGUGGAAUCGUCCACGAAACAACCGACAACCGACUCAGUGUUUACAAGAGACCCGACUUCACCCGAACCCCAAACCAAUGAACAUACAACCCCGGGAACUCGUACAACUAGCGUUCAAAUAAACGCCCCGACCGAAACAGGGAGGCAAACGACACAAAAACCGCUGGUUUCAACAAAGAGUUCAGAGGAGGGCCCGGUUUCGGCUGGGACUACCAUCACCCUGUACUAUCCUGUCAUGGCACUAGCUGCAUGUGUGUUUACCGCAUGGCUCAAACUUGGCAUUUACUGAAUCAGCGUUCAGACUUUUGUCCGCAAAGGUCUAAAAUCAUUUUGAUUAUUUUUUCAGCACCAAGGGCGGGGAAUGCUUGUGAUUAUGGCAAAUAUACUAAAGCAUACG